CAACCAGUGUUUCAUUAUUCUUACUAGCAUUUACUAUCUGUAUAUACUUUACUGAGGAAAAAGGUGUUCGUAGAAUUUUUUWAAUAUAGAAUGAAGUGUUUUUCAGUCUUAUUUACUGUGGCUUUGGCCACCAGUGUCCUUUUAGUCAAGGGAGAAGAGAAGAAAGAGGAGAAAAAAUCCGAAAAGGAGAAAGUAGGAACAGUUAUUGGAAUUGAUUUAGGAACUACAUACUCUUGUGUCGGUGUGUUCAAGAACGGACGAGUUGAGAUCAUUGCCAACGACCAGGGUAAUCGUAUCACUCCAUCCUAUGUAGCCUUCACCCCUGAGGGAGAAAGACUUAUCGGUGAUGGUGCAAAGAAUCAGCUCACAUCCAACCCAGAAAAUACCGUAUUCGAUGUCAAACGUUUAAUCGGUCGUAACUGGGAUGAUCCCUCAGUAAAGCACGAUUUGAAAUACUUCCCUUUUAAAGUGGUCGAGAAGAACCAGAAACCCCACGUCCAGGUUUCAACCAGUGCUGGCACAAAGACCUUUGCCGCUGAGGAAAUCAGUGCUAUGGUUUUGGGAAAGAUGAAGGAAACAGCUGAAGCCUACCUUGGAAAGAAAGUCACCCAUGCUGUAGUAACCGUACCUGCUUACUUCAAUGAUGCUCAGAGACAAGCCACCAAAGAUGCCGGUGUCAUUGCUGGUCUUAAUGUUAUGCGUAUCAUCAAUGAGCCAACUGCUGCAGCUAUUGCAUAUGGAAUGGACAAGAAGGAAGGAGAGAAGAACAUCCUUGUCUUUGACCUGGGUGGUGGUACCUUUGAUGUUUCUCUUCUCACCAUCGACAAUGGCGUAUUUGAAGUGGUUGCAACUAAUGGAGACACCCAUCUUGGUGGUGAAGAUUUUGACCAAAGAGUAAUGGAGCAUUUCAUUAAGCUGUACAAGAAAAAGAAAGGCAAGGACAUUCGCAAGGACAACAGAGCUGUUCAAAAGCUUCGUCGUGAGGUUGAAAAGGCAAAGAGAGCCCUUAGUGCACAGCAUCAGGCCAGGAUUGAAAUUGAAUCAUUCUUCGAGGGAGAAGACUUCUCUGAGAUGCUUACAAGAGCACGUUUUGAAGAACUCAACAUGGACCUUUUCAAAUCCACACUUAAACCAGUAAAGAAGGUUCUUGAAGAUGCUGAUCUUAAGAAAAAUGAGAUCCAUGAGAUAGUGCUAGUUGGUGGUUCCACUCGCAUUCCAAAGGUCCAACAACUUGUCAAGGAUUUCUUUAAUGGCAAAGAACCAAGCAGAGGAAUCAACCCUGAUGAAGCUGUGGCAUUUGGUGCUGCUGUCCAAGCUGGUGUUCUUGGUGGUGAAGAAGAUACUGGUGAAGUUGUUCUUUUGGAUGUCAACCCACUUACUAUGGGUAUUGAGACAGUCGGUGGUGUCAUGACUAAGCUCAUUUCUCGUAACACUGUCAUUCCAACCAAGAAGUCUCAGAUCUUCUCCACUGCUGCCGAUAACCAGAACACAGUCACUAUUCAAGUGUUUGAAGGGGAACGACCAAUGACAAAAGACAACCAUCUUCUUGGCAAGUUUGACUUGAAUGGAAUUCCUCCAGCACCACGUGGUGUACCCCAGAUUGAAGUUACCUUUGAAAUUGAUGUAAAUGGUAUUUUGCGUGUAUCUGCCGAGGACAAGGGUACUGGUAACAAAGAGAAGAUCACCAUCACCAACGACCAAAACCGUCUCACGCCAGAGGAUAUUGAACGUAUGGUUAACGACGCUGAGAAAUUUGCUGAUGAAGACAAGGCUGUAAAAGAACGUGUUGAAGCCAAGAAUGAACUAGAAAGCUAUGCUUACUCACUGAAAAACCAAGUUGGAGAUAAAGAAAAGUUGGGAGGAAAGCUGUCUGAAGAAGAUAAGAAAACAAUUACAGAUGCUGUAGAAAAAACAAUUGCAUGGAUGGACAAGAAUCACGAAGCUUCAACUGAAGAUAUGAAAAAACAGAAGAAAGAACUUGAGGAUGUUGUACAGCCAAUUGUUAGUAAAUUAUACCAAGGUGCUGGAGGCCAACCAGGAGGAGAGGGUGGUGCACCACCUCCAGAAGACAAACCAACAGAAGACAAAGAUGAGUUGUAAAGACUGUAAAUUAAUAGGAACAAUACAGACAAUCAAGAGGAAGGUCCUCUUCUCUAUCAUGCAGUACUAGUGUUCUGUAAUGAUACAAUAUUGUUGCAGGAAGAUGAUGUGCCUAAAUGCUUAACACUCUCCUGACACCAAAAUAUUGUGAUUCUGAGAAAACACAUUUUACAUUCUUACGAAAAUGUUUUUGUAAUAGCGUUAAUUACUAUUCCUUACUACCCUGCCCUGCUGCACUCAGUGAAUUUUGUCAAAAAUAAAAGUUAUUUAUCGUUAGUCCUUGUCUUUUGGAUCAAGGACGAUGCAAGGUUUUUCUCUAAUAAAAAAAWUUAAAUUUAA